CCACGCGGCCACACACUCCGCGCCAGUCGCCCGGCGCGCGCGCACGUGACUGCCGCGCACAUCUCCAACUGAACAAGUCUCCGAUGAAAAACUAGUGAUAACUGGAAAAUUAGGCCACGGACCAUCCCUGUAUACAAGAACCUAUAAGUGAUUUUUGCAAAGUGAUUUUUCCCCUGUGUUGACAAUGGAAUACCAUCAUCGUCAUAUGGAGCAGCCAGGUCCUCAGCUGCAAGGCCAGGGGGCCCAGUGGGGGUACGGCUGGGGCCCACCAGCGCCGGCCCCGGCCCCACCUGCGCCGGCGCAGCGGAACAAGAGAACGCACUCAGAGAGUGAAGACGAUGCCUUUUCUGAAGAAAGCAGUAAGGAUGCGACGUCUCCCGGCGGCGACUCCUGCCAACUGAUGACUCGCAAGCGACGCCGCGGCGUGAUUGAGAAGAAGCGACGCGACCGCAUCAACACCUCGCUGACGGAACUCAAGCGGCUGGUGCCCGCGGCAUGCGAGAAGCAAGGCAGUGCCAAGCUCGAGAAGGCCGAGAUACUGCAGCUGACGGUGGAUCACUUGAAGAUGCUGCAUGCUAAAGGACUGGACACGUUCGCGUACGACCCUCAGAGGUACGCGAUGGAUUACCACAGUAUUGGAUUCCGGGAGUGCGCCGCAGAGGUGGCGAGAUACCUCGUCAGCUGCGAAGGCCUCGACAUCCAGGAUCCUUUAAGACUCCGGCUCAUGAGCCACCUGCAAUGCUUCGCUGCUCAAAGAGAGUUAGCGGCGAAGUCUGCGAACUGGGGCUAUCCUCAAUACCCAGCGACGCCUGUACCUCAGCCGCAACAUGGCUACACGGAGUUGGGAGCACCUCGGCAAGACAUACCUGUGACGUCAGCAGCGACGACGGUGGCUGCACCGACAGCCAUGUCAGCGAUCGCCGCUCCCCUCACCGCAGCUCCGAGCUAUCCUCACUACCCUGCCCCUCCCGCGCCGCCGGGACCCCCCGGGCCUCACCCGGCGCCACCAGCCCCCCACUACCCCACACCCUACCCCCACCAUCCUCCUCACCACCAGUACUCACAGAACAGUUCGAAGCCCUACAGGCCGUGGGGUGCUGAACUAGCCUAUUAAGUCUUACUACUUAUACAUAUCAGAAUUAUUGUCUUGUGGCUUGGCGACACGGAAAUACGAUGAGGAAAAAUAUAACUUUCGUAAUAAAAAGCUUUCUUCUCUUUGUGAAUGUCGGCUACUUUGUUUUAACAGUUGCCUCUGUUAGAGGGAUUUCGACAACUGUAUUGAAAAACGUUUGGAGGGCACUUCAACGUCCAAUGCCGUUGUACUUCUAAUGUUUUGACCCCAUUGUCUCAAAGGAGCGCUGGACGUUCAAUGGGGUCGGAUUCGGUCCUCUCUGCAUAAGAUGACAUGUUCCUUGUCGCCUAGCCUCAGGAUGCUGUUGUAUCGAUCUCAGAGUUUAAAAAUAUCUAAAUUAUAUUUUUUGGAGACUGUACUGUUGUAAAAUAUAGUUUUAUAUAAAGUAUUAUUUGUAAGUUGUGUGAUAGUUAUAUAUUAUAUUGUAUAAGUUUAUCGAAAGUCACUAGAUGUAUUUCGGGACCAAAAAACUGAGCUUUAAAUAUCGUCGAAUUAUGUUGUCAUAACAUGAAUUUUCAUCACUUUGAUGUUAACGUUAAAAGAAAUUCUAUUUGAUCAUCAAUGGAAUUUACUUUGAUAUUCUACAAAAUAAUUGUAAGGAACGAAAUGGUUGUGAGAUUACCAAUAAUAAUUGCUUGACUUAUAGUAACAAACUGUGUUUGAUCUAUAGCUUAUUGGCUAAAGGAUAUAAAUCCAACAUUGUAAACCAAUUGAAAAUAAUUGUACAAUCAAACAUCACAAUUGUAAAUAUUUCCAUGUAAAUACCGUCGCUUGAUGACAAAAAGAAAAUUAAAUUAUUUUCAUACGCUA